AUGGCCGAGUAUCCACCAGUGAGUGAGACCAUUCGCAAAAAGAGAUUAACGGCAACCAUGAACCAUCGACUACCGCCGUUGCGACUCCUCUCCCUAGAUGGUGGAGGGGUCCGUGGCUUCAGCACAAUAAUGCUUGUCCAAGAGCUGAUGCUCAAACUCUUUCACGAACUUUAUGGGCGCGCUCCCAGAAUAGAAGAGAUCCCCAAGCCAUGUGACCAUUUCGACCUUAUUGGAGGGACAGGAACUGGCGGACUUAUUGCGAUUCUUCUUGGCCGCCUUCGUCUCGAUCUCGAGACGUGCAAGAAGGUGUACAUCCACGUGACAAAAAAAGUAUUCGAAACAGAUAAGACGAUAGCAGGGCUACCGUAUCGGAAGACAUUAUUUAAAGCUUCAAAGCUAGAAGAGGCGAUCAAGGAGGUAAUGCGCGAGUAUGCUGGGCGUGAGAAUGAAGAGAAGGAAGGUUUCCAGAAAGAACAACCGCACAUCAAUCCUGUGACGAGGUCAAAUACGUCCGAUUCAUAUAAUAGCUCGCAAGGAAGCAGGAGCAGUUGGAGGUCGGGGUCAGCAGCAUGGGGCAAUGGAAACAUGAACGAACCGUUGUUUGAUCCGAGGCCCAAGAUCUGCAGGGUGUUCUUGACAGCAGUAUAUAAAGGCUCAGACGACACAACCUCACCUGCGCUCCUCCGGACCUACAACUCCACACAUGCAACGGCGCCUUCCUCCGAUAUAACAAUAUGGGAAGCCGGUCGCGCAACAUGUGCGACCUAUCCAGCCUUCAAGUCGAUCCAGAUCGGGCAAAGUAUUUUCCUCGAUGAAGGGUCAGGGCGUUACAGCCCUGUAGCACAGGUUCUUGAAGAAGCCCUCGUUCACGAAUGGCCUGGGCGAGAGGUGGGUAUUCUUGUCUCUAUUGGUAGUGGGAAAGCACCAGAAACGGAGUACAAGAAGGAAACAUCCUCUAUGAUAGCAGCCUCACCUCUGGGAAAGUUCAUUGAGGCUAAAGAAAAGCACAUGGCGAAGGUUCUAGACUGUGAAGAGAUUCACAGAGAGCUUUUGGAUGGCUUACAUAGGACAGGGGUGAAGACGGAGAAUUAUGUGAGGCUGAACGUUGAGAGCGGAAUCACGGAUUUUGGGAUGAAUGAAUGGAGCAGGAUUGCCGAUAUUUCGACAAGAACAAGGGCUUAUCUAGGCCGGCCGGACAUUCAGGUCACAAACCAGUCUGCGGCAGCUAAGUUAGCGGAAAUCGCUAGGAUCUCCAGCGGGAAGAAUGCGAUUGAUCUUCUCAACCGAGAACUACCAGACUUGCCUCCUAGAACUUCUGAUAUUCGUGAUGAGUUCGACGAUGACGAAGUCAGAAAGCACUUUGAACAACUCGACCGAAUCGCUGCUAGAAUUAGGGUUUAA